UCUCUAACCUCUGCACGCAAGUGAGGUAAACGUAAACAGGGACGUCCGUUAUAAUAUUUUUACAGUUUUAUAACGAAAAAAGUUAUUUUUUUAGUGUAAAUGUGUGGUAACCCAAGAUAACAUGUAUGCCGGAGGUUCUAAGGAAGUGAUAGACGUCGAUAGCGGGGAUUAUCAAGUCACUAAAGAAGACGAGAUAGCAGCUAUCGACUACGAGUUGAGGCAAAUAGAAACUGAGCAACAAAAACUAGAAGAUAGGAAAAAAGUUCUUCUCGAUCGCAAGCAAAAAUUAAAGGACGAUGCGUUACUUCAAAAAAGUCUCAACUUGGCAAAGAAAAACUGGGAUACCGAAGAUUUUUCCUGGUCAAAGAAUCUCAAGAAGGCGCUGACUGACGUAUUUAAAAUCAAAGAACUCAGACCCUUGCAGCUGCCAACGAUGAAUGCAUACUUGUCAAACCAAGAUGUGAUUCUUGUGAUGCCAACUGGUGGUGGCAAAAGUUUGUGCUACCAGCUUCCAGCUGUGAUAAGUAAGGGAGUCACGAUUGUGGUAUCUCCUCUGGUAGCUCUGAUGGAAGAUCAGCUUCACGGUUUGCAUAAGCUUAAGGUGAAUGCAAAGAUGUUGAGCGCGAAAGCUCCAAAGGAGGACGUUAAAGCUGUGAUGACGGGAUUAGUUGAUAACAAGUCUGAUCUGAAACUGGUGUACGUGACUCCUGAAUACAUGGCCAAAUCAAACAGAUUCAGGAGUAAGUUACAAAAAGCUUUUGAAAUGAAAAGGUUGGAUAGAUUUGCCAUUGACGAAGUUCAUUGCUGCAGCCAGUGGGGUCAUGAUUUCAGGCCAGAUUAUAAGUUUUUAGGCAUUUUGAAUUCCAUGUUUCCCGGUAUUCCUAUCUUAGGCCUUACAGCCACAGCUCCUGCAAAAAUCAUUGUCGAUGUCCAAAAAAUGUUGGAAAUUCAAGGUUGCCUUGUGCUCAGAGCAUCUUUCAACAGACCCAAUCUCUUCUACGAAGUACGUCGCAAACCCAAUGACAAAGACACUUGCCUCCAAAUGAUCUCCAAUCUUUUGAAACAUAGGUUCAACGGAAAAUCUGGUAUUAUUUACACAACAACAAUCAAAGAAUCAGAACAGUUGACCACGGACUUGAGAGCCCAGGGACUGAAAGUCGGCUGCUACCACGCCAUGCUAGAAGCGGACUACCGCACUAAGGUGUACUCAAAGUGGAUAUCCGGAGAUUACCAAGCUGUGGUGGCAACCAUAGCAUUCGGCUUGGGUAUCGACAAACCAGACGUACGUUUCGUUAUCCACCACUGCCUCUCGAAAUCCAUGGAGAAUUUUUACCAAGAGAGCGGCAGGGCCGGUCGGGACGGCAAAACAUCAGUCUGUAUUGUUCUCUACCGUCUGAUGGAUGUGUUCAAGCUCAGCACCAUGGUGUUCCAAGAUAAGGUGGGCCUGCAGAAUCUCUACAAAAUGCUCGGCUACUGUCUCGAUCAGAGCUCCUGCAGGCGGAGUCUAAUAGCUACGCACUUUGAGGAAACUUGGACGAAAGCUGAUUGCAAGGAGAUGUGCGAUCACUGCAAAAAACCGAAAGAAAAGAAAACGCUGGACGUUGCACCCUACUGCCGAUAUAUGUAUCAGAUAAUAGCCAAGGCAGCGUCUAGCGAUCAGCGACUGACGCCUCUCAAACUCAUAGACUCCUGGUACAACAAAGGACCAACUAAUCUGAGGGUGGACAGUGUUCCCACGCCAAAGUUUCCGCGAGAGGUCGGCGAAGCGAUCGUUGGACAUUUAUUCAUAAAUGGAUAUCUGCAGGAAGAUUUUCACUUUUCGACGUAUUCCACAUUGACUUACGUUAAGAGAGGGCCAAAAGCUGGACUUGCUCUGGCCAACGAUCACAAAAUUUUUAUGGAAAUGAUUUCCGAUUGAAUAGUUGUUCGAGAGGAUUUGUAUAUAAUCGUAAUGUGUUCCUUCAUUAUUUUACGUGUUAUUUAUUGUCGAUCAAAGUACAUUAACGAUA